AUGGGCGCGCCGGUGACGUCGGCCACGGCCGCUCGCGCGUCCGCGCUGCGCGCCGCGCUGGAUCGCAACAAGCGCGCGUGCGAUGGCGUCGUCAACCUCGUCUCGUCCACCGACGCGCAGCUGGGAGAGCUCCGCGGCAUCGUCGGCCCGAUAAACGCUCGCACCGCGGAUCUGGACCGCGCGCUGAGGAACCUCGACGUCGUCGGAGAGGAGACGGGCGCGUGGCUGGCGCGCAUCGACAGCUGCAGACGCGCGGAUCACGCGCUUCAAGACGCCGAGCGCCGGCGGGUCAUCGACGACCCGCGCGCGUGGAUCGCCCGGCUGGACGAGCUCGCCGACGCGGAGGCGUUCUUCGCGGAGAGGUGCGCAUCGGGGGGUGCCCACGUUGACGGGACGGGCGGGGGGGGCGGGCGACGCCGGGCGACGCCGGGCGCGGAGAACGCGAGGGCUCGCGCGCGCGAACUCCUCGCGAGAUGCAUAGCCCGCACGGAGGGCGAGUUCGCGAGCGCGAUGCGCGCGCACGAGACGCGCGCCGUGGGCAUCGCGCACAGACCCGACGCGCCGAGGGCGCUCGCAUCCAUGAGGACCCUCUCCGGCGACGCGGCGGAACUCCUCGACGCGACGAUCGACGACGAGCAUCGCGGGAACAUCCCACCGGACGUUUCGUCCCCGACUUCUCGAGCCAGCCGCGCGGAGGUCCACCGCGCCGCCCUCCUCGACGUCGACCCCGGCCUCGUCGCCCUCGCAACCCACCUCUUAAAAACAACAAGCGGAAAAACGCCCCGGGGCGACGAGAACUCUGGUAUCGAUGGGUUGGAGGUAAACACCCGCGCCGCGUGCAUCGCGCUGUACGUGGACGCGAGGACCGACGCGUGCGUGGACGCGACGAACCGAGACGGCCUCGCGCGGCUUCGCGCGGAGACGAAGACGUCGGCGGCGGCACAGCUGGCGACGCGUUUUGGAUCCGACGGUUCGAUUGACGCGAAUACCGGCGACCGCGGCGGGGUUCGAUCCGGCGACCUCGCGGUUCGGGGCGGUUCGGCCGGGCGGUUCGGCGUCGGCGACGGCGGCACGUGGGUCGAUCGAGUCGCGAGGUGGCGCGACGUCGUGAGGAACGCCGUGGCGAGGUGGGAGCUGGAGCCGGAGCUGGCCGCGGCGGUGCUGGGAGGAGGAGGGGGAGGAUGGGGAGGGGGAGGGGGAUGGGGAGGAGGAACACGAGAGUUCGCGGACGACGCCGUGGCGAGCGCGAGCGAUGAGGUGCUCGAGCGGGCGGCGAGGCACGCGCUGGGGUGGCUCGACGAGCUCGUCGCCCGACCCGCCCACCCCGCCGACGACGACGACGACGCGCGAACAGACGAAAAAACGCGCUCCCUCGAUUCGGGUGGAACCGGCGGCGGUCGCGGCAAAUUCGGGUCCCGCGGGGACCUGUGGACGAUGGCGAAGCAGUUCGCCUUACCCGGGGUUCGAUCCGGCGACGUCGCGAACGCGGCGCCGGCGCCUUUACCGUCCGGAUACGGAGACGACGACCCGAACGAACCCGGAAACGAUCCCGAGCGAGUGUUCGGCUGCCUCGACGCUCGCGCCGCCCUCCUCGAGCUCCUCCCCGCCGUCGAAGGGAUACGCGGCGCGGACUCAUCCGCGGCGCGGCUGUGGCGGCGCGCGGCGUCGAGGGCGGCGGAGGGCGCUCGAGCGUCGGCCUUGGCGUUACCGAGCCAAGUCGCUCGGGAGGGUCGGCGGCUUCGGGGUUGGGCGGACGGGACGGCGGCGGCGAGCGCGGGGUUCGAACCGGUGACCUUCGAGACGCGCGCGUUCGCGCUCACCGUCUGCGACUACUGCGCGAGGCUCGCGGCGAGGCCGGACGCGACGGGCGUGCUCUUCCCUCCCGCGGAUUCGAAUGAGGCUUCGAAUGAGCCAACGAAUGAGACGACGUCGGCGUUAAGUUUAUUCGAGAAGAGCGCGGUUGGCGGGACCCAGGAGGUUUCGCUCGAGGCCGUUACGACGACCGUUACAUCGACCGUUACGACCGACAGGAGAGUCAGCGUCGCGUCGAGAGACUCGGACGGCAUCCUGGACUUCACCGACGACGACGACGACGACGUGACGGACGAGAACGAACGCGAGCAGGAGGCGGGAUCGGCGAGUUCGAGUUCGAGCCCGAGCCCGAGCCCGGGCCUCGUCCCGGAGGGCGGGACCGACGCGGGCGUCUCCGACGUCGCGGGUUCGAACCCGCGAGGGACCGCCGAGCUCGGAUUUCUCCUCGCCCGCGCCCUCGACGCGGUUGCGUCGUCCCUGGAGGACGACGACGUACGGGCGAUCAGUCGGGAAAACGUCGACAAAGAGGCGUUGGAAGACGCGGUGGCGAAAAUCUCGGGCCAAAACACGAUGCUGGCCAAGGUGUCGGGAGCGAUGGCGGCGUCGGGAAAGAGAGCCGCGAGCAGCGCGAGGCGCGCGGCGGGGAAGACGACCGUUACAUCGACCGUUACAUCUACCGUUACAUCGACCGUUACGUCGACUGUUCAACACGUUCAACACGUUCGGACGUUUCGCCCCGCGCUGGGCGCGGUUCGAUGCGCCGUCGCCGCGACGGUGGUGACGGCUGGCGUGAUGAACCCCCGAAACGAGGGUUUACUCGCCGCCCUGGACCGGCGUUGGCCCACCGACGCCAGGUCGCGCGUGCGUUCGUACGGCGAGGCCGCGGUGCGGCUCGCGUGGGGCCCCCCUUUGCUCGCGAUGGCUCCGGACGCGGGCCCGGACCCUUCCGCUGGGAUGACGGAUAAGCAGCGGCGGCGGGUGAAGGACCUGUGGUGCGUGGUGAACGACCGCGCGGACGCGGCUGAGGGCGCGGUGCGGGCGGGUUUGGCCUGGCGGGUGCCGUCGGCGACGGUUCGUGUCCUCCGCGAGGCGUCGGUUGGAAUCGUCGGACGAGCGUAUGACAAUUUUCACGCGAGAUACGCCGAGAGCGGAUUCACGCGGAGGCACCCGGAGAAGUACGUCAAACGGACGCCGGAGGAGUUUGAACACCUGCUGCGCUCGAUGCUGGCGUCGACGGACGACGACGAGUGA